AAAAUGUCGAAACCUACUUAUGAAAAUGUUCUUAUCAAAGCUGUUGGUCAAGAUAACUAUUGGUUUUCUAGUUCAGAAGGAAACAGUGCUGGAGAUUUCUAUUGGUUAUGUAGAGGAAAUAACACAAAUUGCAGAUUUGAUAUAUUUGAAGAUAAUGAUGAUGUUGUUAGAAUAAGAAGACAUUGGGGAGGCGCUUGGUUAGACUGGAAUAAUACACAUAAACAUUUGGCUUUUUAUCCAGCAUCUGGUAACUUUAAAAUAAUAUGGAAUGAGGAUAAAACAUCUUUCAAAUUAUCAAUGGGCGGAUAUAAAGUAUAUAAUUCUAGUCAACCAAACGGUAAUGACUGUUGGUAUGUAAAAGUAGGUUCCGAUUAUUAUACAGAUUUUGAAAUAGUUUAUAAAAAAAUAAGCAGAUAUUAUUUAAACAAAAGACUUUGUUGUGAUUUGGUUACAGUUUACUUUUUAACAUUGAAAUAAAUUUGAUUUUUUUGCUAGCCAUUUGGUUACAGUUUACUUUUUGAAGUAGCUUGUAUUACAUAAUAUUAAUUUUCAAAGCCCAAUGGACGCGAGAUAUUAAACUUAUCUAAAUUGCCCGGGGCAGCUCCAAAGGCUGAGUAGUAUCUAAAAACUCCUUAGGGCUAAGGGUAAAAAGGAUUAUGGACUAAAGGGUUGGGGGAGGGGAAGAGGGUAACCAGUCGAGCAAUAG